AAAAUGCAGCUUUAGGGUAAUGAGAACCUCUUUUGUUUGCAGUUGACACUUGUAGCUUCACGUGGAUUUUUUUUAUGAAUCAUGAUCAAAUGAAGAGCUCUAAUCUAUUUCUGAAUGAUUUUAGAAGAAUAAACCCUAACUUAAUAUAAAUAAAUCAACGUUUAUAAUUAAUUUUAUGCUGCCUCUCACGUCCAGCAGGUGGUAGCAAAGCACGCGUGAACCGGUGUCCUCUGUACAAGAAGAAAAGUAAUAUCCGGUGUAAACAAGGACAUGUGUUGAGUAACUAACCUUCUGAUCAGCUGUGUCUGUGUCUUGUGCUAGCAACUGAAGUUUGUGUCAUAUUUUUAGGAAACAGUCCCGUUGCAGGUGGAUUUAUUUGAUUUUACUCAACUGUAGUGUUCGUGUCUUCGGUAAGCGGUUUGAUGGCGGUUUCCGCUCAUGUCUCCAAAGUCCGGUCUUUGUACAAAAGGAUUCUGGUCCUUCAUCGGUUCCUGCCCAUAGACCUAAGAGCUCUGGGGGACCAGUAUGUGAAGGACGAGUUCAGAAGACACAAAGGUGCAGCAGCUGAGGAGGCCAAACGCUUCAUGGUCGAGUGGGAGGUAAAAUAACCCAUGUCUGUUCCGAGCCCUAACCAAACCCCGUUCAAAAAUCCUCUCAUUUAGAGCGAAUGUUGACUCGAUCAGGAGAGUUGACAAAAAAUACACCUUCCACUUUAAACAUAGUUAUCAUUUUUAAUUUGAUUAACACAGUGUACAGACAGGAUGUGUUAUCCUAACUCUAUAGGUACUAUUUAACACUAAAUGAUCUGGAUAAUGUACACUACAGGUAACAGGCCAAAAGUCUGGAAGCAAGGGCAUUACAGGCCGAACAGUUGGGAGUAACUUCAAGUUUUUGUUGUUCACAAUGCUUUUUUUAAAAUCCAGCAUGAGUUUUAUGUAUUUUGGGAUGUAUUUACUCCAUGAUCAAAUGUUGCUUUCAUGGAAAUGCACCAUUUUACUCCAUUUGCCUUUAGAUAUGCAUUGAUGUUAACAGACCAUUGGUAAAUAUAUGUCAGCGAAAGAUAAUAAGGGCUUAGUUUUAGGGUUGAAAACAUUUGCAAGAGUCACAACUUCAGUGCAAAAGCAAAAAAACAAAUCACAGUUGGAUUAUUCACUUCAGCUUUUUGGCUUCUGAGAGCCUGCAUACAAAAAUUCUAAUAAAUUUCAACUGCAUUCAAACUACCGCAAAAAUGGCUAGAAAGAAGCAACUGAGUAAAGAAACAAAAGUACAGAUUUAUACAUUGAGAAAAGAAGGAUACACAGAAAUUGCAAAACACCUAAAGGUGUCCAACAAAGGAGUCCACUGCACUCUGAAGAGACUAGAGGAACCUGGAAGUUAUGAUGAUAGAAAAAGACCUGGACGAAAGAGAGUUACUACAAAAGCAGAGGAUAAACAUAUCAUUGUCACCAGUAAGAGAGAUCAGUGAAAGACAGCACCACAAAUAAGGGAGAAAAUCAACAUGACAAGGUUGAAACCCAUAUCUCUGACAACCAUGAAAUGACGUUUGAGAAAGGCUGGUCUGAAGGGUUGUGUAUCUGCAAAAAACACUACUUCGUCCACAGAACAAGAAAGAGAGAUAUGAGUGGGCAAAAGCUCACAAAAAUUGGACUUAUGAUGACUAGAAACAAGUUUGCACUGUUUGGUUCAAAACGCAGAGUCUAUGUCCGCAGACAAACUGGUGAACGUCUGAAAGCACCAUGUGUUACACCCACAAUUCAGCAUGGAGGUGGUAGUCCCAUGAUAUAGGGAUGUUUUGCAGGUGAUGGAGUAGAAGAUUUGUUUGAAGUAAAGGGUAUCAUGAAGAAGGAACAGUACCACUCCAUCCUCCAGCACCAUGCUGCUCCAUCUGGACUAAGACUUGUGGCUCAUAAGUUUGUUUUGCAGCAAGACAAUGACCUGAAACACUCUGCCAAGCUCUCUCAGGGUUACCUUGACAAAAAAGAAGAGGAAGGUGUUCUUCAAAAGAUGGUUUGGCCCCCUCAGUCUCCAGACCUUUCUCAAUUGAGCUUGUGCGGGAUGAAUUGGAUCGAUCGGUCAGAAAAACGUCCCAUGAAUCAGCAGUCUCGUUUUAAUGAACUUAAGAAAGCUUGGAAUGCAAUCCCUGGAACAUACCUUAGAAACUUGGGGAACGAAUGCCUGGUAUAUGCCAAGCUGUUGUUAAAGCCAGAGGAGGUUCCUUCAAAGAAAGCAAAGUCUAAGAAACAAUAACUCAAAUACCUAAUAAUUAUAGUCAAAAUGUCUUCUGAUAAGUUACUCUACACAAUAGUCAUGUUUGUUGUGUUGCAAAUUAUAUUAAUGAAACUAUGAUCUUUUUUUGUACAAAUCUGAUCUUGCUUCCAAACUUUUGGCCUGUAGUGUAGCUUUUUCGACUGAAUUAACCACUUUACUUCUUCUAUGGCCUAUGAGUCUUAUAUCAACCUUUUCAGACAUAAGCAAAAAAAAAGAAACAAAUAAACAACAUGCACCAUUAACAGUAUUGCACUAUUAACAGCCUAAUUGAAUGCAAUUGUAAUGCAGUUUAUAUGCAAUAUUUUCAUUUUGCAAUUUCCUUCUGAAAUUAUUAAAAUCCGAGGGCAAAGGUCCCUCAGUGUUGUAUUAACCCUCCAUAAGACCCAUGUGUUAUCAGAAGAGUCCACUUUCUGUUCUUUUUAAUUCAUGUUAUUUUAGAGUAACAAUGUAAUGUUACAGUAUCACCACAAGGUGGCAGAGCAGCUCCAGUACAGAGCUGAGCAUCACAAAGCAAAAACGGACUUCUUUGGAUGAAUUACACCCACACGCUGAUCCUGUAACUUUUAACUGAUACUGGAAAAAGUUUGAGAUUCUUUGUUUCCUGAACUGAUCUGCUGUAGUUCUUCUGACUUAAUGAAAUCAGCAUUUAUUGGCAUCAACUCAAAAGUUUAAGCCCAGGAUGUAGGUGUUCUGGUACUGAAAAGGUCAAACUUGGUCAUUUGCCUUUACAGUAGAUUCAAAUUUUCAACUUUUCGUUUAAAAGUGCUUUAAUUGAUCAGGAAUGCACAAAAAGGAUCAUGUUUGAUAGAAAGUGUUUAAAGUAAAAGAGGCAUUGCAGUUUUAGUCAACAUGAUUCAAAGACAGAGAAAGAAGGCAAGACAGACCAGAGUAAGUCAAUGCCAAGAGUGCAGCUGCUCAAUACAAUAUAAUUUAACCCAAUUAAUUAGAAUGAUGAAAAAAGGGGAAAUCAAUGUGUGGCAGUCAAUGUUGUGUGACUGCAGCAAAGGAAUAACUCAACAAACAGAAAACACAGGUGUUCAUAUCUGUGUGGCCCUUCAACCUCCAUGCUGCAAAUACAUUCAAUUCAGUGAUCCUUAAUUACGAUGUAAAAGCAUUUAUGUAACAACAGAUAAAAUGAUAACUACACAAAAAAGUCAAAAUAAGAUAAAAAAUCUCAUUUAACAGACAGAGAAACCCAAGAAUUAAGCUCAGAAACCUUUCAUCAUAGUGAGACUGUCUUACACUGAAAAAUGUGAUUGAUUCGGUAUGUACCUUAUUCUGCUGGCGUUGUGGUCAGGUGCUCAGCCCUGCUAAGAGAGCAAAUCAGCAGUUCCAUAAGCUUGUGGGUAGAUGGAAGCAUCAAGUGUCGGUGCAUUUUGUCACUCUUUCAUAUCAGGUCAUCCCCCAUAUAGUAUAAUCAUUUUGUGAAUUUAUAAUAAUGUUAAAAUGGCGAAUCAUCUCCCUGCAGCACACUCUGCACAGUUCUGUGAAAAAAUGUUUAAAAGCUCAGAGAUAACAAAGAAAUUUACAAAAGUGUUGGAUCAUAUUAACAUUGUUAUGAACCAUGCUUUUUAUUAUGCAUAUAUUUUAUUCACAGUAAAAAGACAGAAAAAGUGGUCAAGUUAGUUGUCAAGGUGUCCAAAGUCAUUUAAAGAAAAAGCAUUUUCACAAUUUACAAAGAAAUAAAUAUAAAGACAAAGAAAGAAAAACAUCUUCAAAAUGAAAGUAGAGAAAUUCAUAUUUAUUUCUUGUUCUUAGGGAUUUUCAGUAAUUAAUACACUGGAAAACACACUUUUAUUUCCAAUAAAUAGCAUUAAAAUGAUUUUUUUCCAAAAAUGUAGUACAGUAGUGUUUUUAUAGCCUGGCUGGGUCCAUGCUGUUGCGUGAAUCACUUGACGUUCCUUCCCACCACGUCAAGUGAUUCACGCAACGGGAUGGUCCAGCCAGGCUAGUGUUUUUAGUGUCCUUUCCAAUCCUCCUGUGGCCAUGAAAGAAAUUGCAAGUAUGACUUAACCUAAACUAUUCUUUUAUUUUUUUCUGGAUAUUGAUUAGAGAUUUACAGCUUGUCUUAGAUUCUAUCCGAUCAGCUGUAAAAGAUUCUGUCGUCUUUGAGAAUCAUCUGACAUAAUUCAGUAACUCGCCCUCCAGUUUCCAGACUGAUUUCAACACGAGCCUGUGCCAGGUCUUAAUUUAUUUCACCGUGGAGGAAAGCCAAUGUUUUCCUGCAGAAUUACCCUCUGCUGGGGGAACAGUAAAUCAGCUAUCUGCAGGUAAUUUCUCUAAUGAAGUAGAUGGUGAUUGCAGUUGGAUUCCUGAGAGGUCUGCUGGAGCUGUGAAGCCACCAGGGAGAAGGAAGUCACUUUCAUUAGGCUUCCCUUUAUCCAUGUGCAACGUUUCAAAUCUGCAUUCCAUUUGUGUGUGAGAGUAUGGGCUGAUUUUGUGAAAUGUACUCAUGGCUUUGGCUGAAUUGGACCAUCAUUAAGAAAAGGAGGUUUUGGAAAAAAGAAAAUAAUAAGGUCUAUAUUAAAUUUCAGUUUUACAGAGCCAAAUCAAAGCAACAGAAAUCCAACAAAGUGCAACAUAAAUGAGUGCGAAAACCACCUGAGUGGGUCUGCUGGUUCAGUAGAGACAGAUACUUUAUGACAAGAGCUUUAAAUGCUUUUAGUUUAAUGGACUCUGAUCUAAAGCCAAGAGAAGCAUUUACCAAACUGACUGUACGCUGGGAAAACAGGAAAACAAAAAGAAGCAGCAACUGGAAUUCAAAACAUUUAAAGUGACAAAAACGCAUAAUAAUCCCAAAUCUAAUGCAGCACAGACAGUUCCUUUGUACAUGCUGAGGUGAGAGACCACCCAAACGCGAGUUUACAAAACAGAGUUAUACCGAUAAAACAGUACUGAGACUAAUGUCAAAAAUCAUCAGUUAUUUGGACUGAUAAAUCAAUUACUCAUGAUUUGUCUUCUCAUGAAUUUACACAAGUAAAAACACUUUUAAAACUCGUAAUUUUUUGGGGAAAAAAAAAAAAACUUUUUUGUUCACCAAAGCAUGUCUGUCUGGCCAAAAGGAUGCCAAUAAUUUUGACAGAAGUGCUCAAAUGGACCGUGCAUCAAUUCCUCACUUCACUUUAAAAGCUUUGGCUUCAUUCUGGUCGUAAUACUUACUGAAUUAAAUGCCAUGUUUCAGUUGUAGUAAAGUACUUUGAUAUUAAGUCAUAAAGAUUGAAGCUUUUGGGCUUUUUUACCCCUUACAUUCUAUCACGGGCUGCAGAUCCAACAAAUCAUUCAGUCUUUAUGUAAGCUUUUAUAACAUUCUUUACAAUGUCAAGACUGGCACAGCUACUCAUGAUCAUUCUUUCCCUUAACUUUUUAGGCACAGACAUGAAACACAUUCCUGCCUCCUCCUGGUCCUGCUCCUACUACUCUCCUCUCUCCACCUGUUCCUCCCCCUGCUCUUCUCCCUGCUCUCCUCUCUCCUCCUUCCUGCUGCUCUCCUCCCUCCUUCUGCUCCUUUUCCUGCUCCUUUAUGAGCUUAAUAAAAUCCUCUCAUCUUUGUUAAAAACACUUAAAUUAAGUUCUCAGGUUGUUCCAUUUUCAUCUGUUGAACCUGUUUCUAUCCCUGCAGACCUCAACUUUUCUUUUUGUUCUCUUCCCUCUUUCCUUGUCUUACAAAUGGAAGCAAAUUCCUGCUGCAUUUCCACUUCCUGAGAAAAAAUCCAGAGGAGUGGAAACAGCCAUGGAGCGAGACUCUGAAUGAGAUUAGGAGCACUGAGUGUUCAGAGCGUAAUCCGUUUAUUUCAGAGGCACUCAGGGGAGCUCUCUGUUACUAAUAAAUCGCUCUGCUGGGCUGAACAAGUUCUCUAAAAGGAGAGAGAGAUAUGUUUGAUUUGGAUUUGAAGAUGUACAAGACUGGAGCAAUGAGAGACAGAGGGUUAAAACACUAUGAAUGGCUGUAAGCUGGAGACCAUCUGACAUUGUGUUGUUCUUCCAUGUGGAGUUUCUGUUCUAGCAGACGGAGGACUGCGAACAGAUGUGUUCUCAUGAGAGAGAUUCCCUGCAAAGAAUUAGGCAUUUUUCUAAUAUUCAGACAUGUCUUGAAGGCUAGGGCUGCUAAAUAUAUAAAAUCAAAGUAAGAUGAAAAUUCUACUGAAGUUAACUUUUUUCUACAGAAAAAAAAGUUUGAAUUCUGAGAUAAAGUUGAAAUUUUGACUCAUCUUAGAAUUCUGAAAAGAAAAGUUAGAGUAAAGUUGAAAUUUAAACUCCCAGAGAUCUGACUUUUUACUCACAAUUCUGGGAGACUUAGAAUUCCUUCUUAACUUUUCAGGUGUCUGACCUUUUUUUUUUCUUUCAGAAUUCCUACUUUCUUAGAAAGCCAAAUUUAAAGUCAGAAUCUUGAGAACUACAACUGCAAAAAUACACGUUAAAAACUCUGUAGUGUUUAAGAGUGUCCCGAUACAACUUUUUCCCCUCCAACACAAUACCAAUAUUGUAGCCUUCAGUAUUGGCCGAUACCAAUAUUGAUCCGAUAUUGGCACAAACUUGUGCAUCACUGUCGGCAUCUCUCCUACUCUUUGCUACGUUGUUAGUACCUUAGUACACACUGUUGUUGUGAUGAAGUGCACUUUGUAUGCUAGAUCCGAGCGCUGUUAGAUAGAGGUGCUGGAUUGGAGUCUGGAAUGGACUGCUUGUUUUGGAGAUUUUAGAUCCAGGCCGAUAUAAUCCGAUAUUUGGUUUUAUGCUGAUAUCGGACCGAUAGCCGAUAUCAACAUCGGACUGGGACAUCCAGAGUAGUGUUCAGAUGACUAUGAUCUUAAUGACUUUCCCUGAAAAAACUCCUAUUUUGUGCGGAUCGAACUAAAAUGAUGAUGAUAUUGAAAGUCAGAUCCCUAUUGAUGUGACAGAUCCACAGACAGAGCACUAGACACAUUUUUUAUCCUAAAAGAUCCUAAAAAAAAAGUCCCACAAGGACAAAGACACGCGCUGAGGCAUGCCAAGCUACCGGGCGUUCCUAUAAGUUGUCUCAGAGAGGAUGUUUCCUCCUGGCUAACAUUCAACAUAAUCACAUUAUGGGCAGGAAAAAGCCUCUCAGAUUAAUGGCUUUUUAUGGUUUACAGUGAGAGCCUUCCAAAAAGCUUAUAUUCAGUAUGUGCUCAUUAUUCAUGCUCUGACAGCUCCGAGUCCACACACAAAGGCAGAAUGAGACGAUUCAGUUUUAUAAGGAGAGGAGAUCUCUGAGUUCAGAUGGGCUCUGAGUGACGUCGGGGCUGUAAGUAAAAGAUUUUCUCUGUUUGUGAGCAGAGAAGAGUAUGGGACCACUGUGUGAGCAGGACUUUUCAUUUAAUUUUAUCUUAAUGCCUUGUUUUGAGAAGAACAUGAGCACCAACAUCUCCUCUCAGCUGACUGUCCUCCAGACUCAUGAACCCACACACACUCAGGCAGUCAGAGUGUCCUCAUGCUUGUAAUGAUAUGAAGCUAUUUGGCCAUAUGAAGGCUGAAAGCUGGUUUAUAAUAAUUAUAGGUGUUCUGUUUGUUCAUGACCUUAACAGUACUUUAUUAUUUACCAGUCUGGAACCAAUUCCCAAGACCCAUCCCUGAACGUGCACAUUUGGUUUGACUGAAUACAAUAAUUAUAGAUAUAUCUUUCAACUCCACCUUGGACCAGAUGUUUCAGUGAUGUGUUAAAUGAAUCUGAAAGUGUUGAUGGGAAGAAGACAACGUGCUGAACUCUGCUGCUAUUUUCAACCCUCUUUGUGUCUAUCUGCUGCAGAAUUAUAAGGACACCCUGCAAUCUCAGGUCCUGGAGUCAGCGGGGAGCCAAUUGGGCUCUGUCAAGUUUGGGGCUGAACUGUCGGAGCAGAGCCUCGGCAACUUCCAAGAGGAACAAAUCGGCCAACUGUACGAACUCAUGCUGGAGUCCACCAAACCCAACAGACAGUUUGACAUCCAGGAGGACACGAAGUAAAGCAGAGAUGCUGUUUGGACAUAAAAAGGUGCUGUUUAGACCAGAUCACUAAUAUAUGACCUCAGAGGACAGCGGACGAAGAGUGGUGCUCAUGAAAAGGCUUGAGAGGAUGUUGAAUGUACUAGAGUGCUGUAUAUCUUCUCCUUUAAUGUGAAAAAAAGAGUUCAUCAUGCUGUUUUGCUGGUGCGUUAAUGCAGCACUAACAACUCUUCUUUGUCUACUUUAUUUGCAUUGAGCUGAUUCUUAGCUCCAGGAAGUUCACAGAGACUCAUCUUCUCAGCAGAGUUCACACCAGUGAUGCCUCUGUCAGCCUCAGUCAUUGGGGGGAAACUCUUGUCAUUCAUGUGGAAAUAUGAGCAUUUCAGGAUGGACAACUCUAAAGCUAUCAGUCAUGUUUGGAGGGGGAAAAAAAAACCUAAUCAGGCAUGUACAGACGGUCUCAGAUGGUCUUUGUCUUUCCUCAGUUCCUGUUAUUAUGCAGCUUUGAACCUCAGUCCCUUGCUGCUUUCUCAAGGCUUUGUUUUUGUUGUCUUCUGAAAUGCAUGGUCUGUUUUUCUCUAUAAAGCCUGACAGCCAUAGGAGUGAGUAAUAAAGUCUGGUUUGAUGCUGCCCACCUGUUUAAGUGCUGUUUUGUUUUGAUGUGCAGGUACUUCAGAGGACAAAGAAAUGAGGAGAGAGCCAACUGAAAGGCUUUGCAAGUUACUUCAUUAUUUAUGUGAUCGCCGUCCAGGAUACACUUCCAAAAUAAAAGCAUUGAAUGAAAGAGAGGGCAGUCACUUAACAAGAAAAAAAAAUGCUGAUGACAACAUGGAUCGGGAAAUCAAGUACAUCAAUUGAUCCUUACUCCAGCUGACAGCUCAGCUGAUUACCUCCCACUAGGGCUGCAAGAUUUUGGCUAAAAAUAAAAUCCAGAUUUUUUUCUCUGAAAACUCAUUUUAUGAUUUCGAUUUUUGAUUCAGUGACAACUUCACCAAACUUCACUUUAAUAAUAAGUUUUUCUAUCAUCUUUAAAAUCAAAACCACUGAAAACGAGUGUAAAAUAGAAUAGAAUAGAAUAUUCCUUUAUUGAUCCCCCAUGGGGGAAAUUUUUUUGUCACAGCAGCAUCACAGACAAAGGUAGUGCAAAUAUAUUGGUGUAUAUGCCAAGCCAGUAAAUGGCGCUGUAACGCUUCACAGGAAAUGCACAAAAGAUAAGAGAGUACAGCGCAUGCGUAUAAAGGUUGCUUUGGCCAGACACACGCAGCCGCGUUAAAGAGUUACAAAUUGCUUGGAGAGCUGCAGAUAGGCAUCCAUACGGAGACGAAAUGGUAGUCGUUUACAGAUUUAUGCACUCUCUGACCCAUUUCAAAAAAGAACACUUUACAGUCAUCCAAAAUGCCAUUUCCGUGCAGAUGAAACGCCGAUACGACAAAAAACUUUUGCGUUUACUCUUGAAUUCAUUAUUGUGUGGACGGGUUGAUUCUGCCUUCAGACAGACUUUGCAGCGGGGAGUGGUUAGCUUUUCAUCCAAAACUGCAAAGUAGGGAUGUAACAAUAUGAAACUUUCACAUCAUGACUAUUGUGACCAAAAUUAUCACGGUUAUCAAUAUUAUUACAGUAUUGUUGAAAUAUUUUUAAAAUGUUUAAAAAGUACUUAUACACGCCCUAAAAUCAUUCAACAAAGUUUUUAUUUUGAAAAAACAAUCAAAAUAACGUGCAGAAUGAACUUUUCCUUUACCUUAAAUAACAGAGGGACAAUAAGCUGAAAAAAUUUAAGAUGGGGCCUUAAGAGAGCCAGAGGUAAUCAACACUAGUAAACAACACGAGUAAUAACAAAGUACACAGUAAUGUGCCAGUGGCAUAAACAUCAACAUAACAAAUAAAUAUAUAAAAUUUAAAUAAUAUGACAUUCCUUAAUGAGUAAAUUGUAAGAAUCCUCAGUGCUUUUUUUAACAUCGUCAUAACCAAAUAACCUGGGGAAUAAUCUUGCCAGCUGGAUGUGUCGGAGGUAGGGCUGCACGAUUAUGAUUUUAAAUCGAUGAAUCGUGCAGCCCUACCUCCCACACAUCCAGCUGGUGGCAAGAUUAUUCAGCCUGCCUUCUCUACAAUCUACCUCCACCCAGCUCCCCAUCUUUAUACUGGGUUUGAAUUCACCAUCAUGUAUCCGUCUCUGGUUCCUGCACUGUUCUGUACCCAGAGGUCUUUGCUGUUGCUCUCCCUGCUCCACUCCAGAUCAUCCUAUCAUUGGUGUGUUCUUGAAUCUCCUUGAAUUUAGUGAGUUAUAGCAGUGAGUCUAAUUUCAGCUUGUUUUUAAGGUCAUUUGCCCCUUAAUCGACAGGCGAUCUCUCCAAAGUGUGCAGCACCUCUUUCCCUGAUGACAGCUGGGAAAGUCUUCAUUCCCCAUGUUAAUGGAUAGAAGUGACGCACAGCAGAUAAUAGAAGGAUGGAAGAUGGUGCAUUUAAAGAACUAAAAGGUCCUUCAUUACACCAGAGAAGAGUAUGGCCCACAUUUUGUCUUGCUACUUAAACCUGAAACCCCUUCACUUGCAGAUUGUUCCUGUCACUAUGAAAGAUGUGUUGAAUGGCAGUGAGUCAGGCAGAGUGAGUGACCCCGUUAAAGAAAAAACGCCUUCAUAAGAAGCUGUAAAAGUAAAGCAGAGGUCUUCCUGAUGAGGCUCAGGUUGUCUCAGUGUUAAUGAGAGCCCAGUGUUAUGCUAUCUUAGCUUUUAUUGGCUGAACCAAAGGAGGCUGGUAUCCUGGCAUGUUACCCAACAACAUCAAUGUCUAGUUAUGUCAAACAUGAGUGUCACUUUUACAACAGGUUUUACGUCAGUUAGUUAUUACUUCUGUUUUGAAUCAACUUGAGAAACUAGUUUUAUAGAAAAAUACAUUAAGACGCUCCAACAAUCCAAAACUCUCAAACAGACCAACUUGACGCCAGUAUUCAUAACAAACUGCAUGUUAUCUCAUGGUAUGUAUAUUUUCUCACUUUAGCUGGAGGCACCUGGUCCAAUCUGGUAAUUAAAUCACUGAUUAACAGCAGCUGUGAGAGAUUUCAGUAAUUGUUAAAUGUAACCUCCAUCACUUCCUCCUGACACACCGUAAUAAGUAGCUGCCAUACAUCUCUGAGGGGACUACUUAUAACAGGGGGAGGGGCAAAAAGGGACACUCAACCUCCCGAGAGCAACAUGAGGGUCAUAAAUGUUGAUUAAAACUAUGCAGACAAAACCUAAAGAGGAGAUGGACACAGAUAUGAAUCGCUGAAGCAGGAUGCCUGAAGAGGUGGAAAUUCUGGACACAUUCGUCACUUUUAGGGCUGCGGCUAAUGAGAAUUAUAAUGGCUGACUAUCUAAAGAAUUAAUCAACUAAUCAGCUAAUGAUUUCCACUCUUAACGGUCCUUUAGAUUUAAUUGCCAAUGGCAAGGAAACCUAAUGUGGUAAGUGUUUUAAAUUUUUACGUCAUGCUUCAAACUCCAAACAUACCAUUAAGUUCAUGCAAUACAAAUGACAUGAUCAGUAUGCUCCUCUGUGUGUUUCAGGGAAAGUUUUAAAGGGGAGGGUCUAAAAACUAAUCCCAAACAGGAGCGGACCGC